AAUGUAAAAUCAUAUCAGAGCCAUGCGCGCGCGCCCCUUCGGUCGAGCAUUUAUAAUUAUGCGUUGAGCAUAAGGAACUCUUUAUAGUCCGUGCGCGCGAGUGGAUCGCACGCAUCUCGCGGCUCUAUUCGGACCCCUUUCCGUGUUGACAAAUAUUAGAAAAAGAAACAAUAUAGUGUGGAAAUGAGUUGGGGCCCCGAGCACGAUCGACGGAUGGAAAUCAACGAGGCGGUCGGCAAGCUGCUUCAGAACUUCAAUUAUGAGACUAUUGUCCCACAACCCUCCAGAGGUGGCGGCUACAACCGGCGGCAGCACGUGAAGCGGCCGAUGAACGCGUUCAUGGUGUUCGCGCAGGCCAUGCGCAGGCGGCUGUCUGAACAGCAGCCUUCGUUGCACAACGCCGAGCUCAGCAAGUCAUUGGGCUCUAUGUGGAAGAGUUUGAGUGAAGACCAAAAGUUGCCGUUUGUGAAGGAAGCUGAUAAACUGAGGACGCAGCAUAAGAUCGAAUACCCUGACUACAAGUAUCAGCCGCGGCGUAGGAAGCCUCCGCCGGCGGCGCCGCCGCGACUCAAGCGCGAACCGUCAUUGGAGCGAUCACAAAUAGACUUUUCUAGAAUAGAAGUGGACGGAGGUUUAUUAGAGGACGGGCCUCCGGAUGGUGCGGAGUUGGAUCAGUACCUGAAACCUACGCAUGCCUCACAUUCGGCGGAAUACCAUGAGCUGCAGCCGCGCUACGUCGCCCACGCCCACCACGCUUCCGCCAUCUACCCCGCGCCCCCGAAUCUCUACCCGCCUUGCCACGACUGGGUGCAGUACUCACAUCCAUAAGUCCAAACAUUUAUUUAUGUUAAACGAGACAUAGAUUUUUUUUCUACUAUAUGAUAUAGGUCACUUGACACAGUUGCGCGCCGCCGCCACAUGCUUUCCGUGGAAGCGCACGUGCGUUUACUUAUCAAAGCGCAACGCAACACUAAAAUAUUUAAAUAAACAAAUUCAGUAUCAAGAUCUCUUUCACGUUAGUUACAAAUCAACUAGAUUUUAUAAUUGUUCCCGUAACUCGUGAUUCUAAUACUUCUAACUGUUUACGUGUAUUGUUGAUGCUAUAUAUCAAGAUAUUCCUUUGAUUCCAAAGUUAAUUAAAUUUCUAAUAGGUUCCUAGUCUAAGUUAAUUUGUAAUUAAGUCUUUUAUCAUUCAUAUUGAGUAAGUAAGUUAUAAUUUGUGAUUAAAUAGUGUAAACUGAAAGUUGUAUAAUUAUAAGUUAGUUUGAUAGGUAGGUAUUGGAAGGUACCUAUCUACAAAUCCUGCAGUCGCGCUUAAUAAAUAUUCAUGAGAUCAAUUUGAGUAAUGAGGAUCAGAUCUUGUGACUUUACUAUAUACUUACAUAUAUAUUGGUUUUGCUAAUAGAAUUGAAAACGAGUAUAUAUACUCGUAACCAAUUAGUAGAAUUUAAAUGCCUAGUAGUGGAGAUAUUAUUGAAUGAAAUACACGAAAUCGAGCGGUCGAAAUUCAAAAAUACGCCCCCUGUACGGGUACGGACCAUCAUAUCCGUAACUACGGAUAUGAUGGUCGUUCUAUGUCUACGUGACAGCGAAAACUGUGUCCGUCACUUUCUAUCCCGCGGUUACAGUUGACAGUUAUUUUAUCACGUGGAUAAAUAAAACCAUCCAUAAUACACCGGCUGAAAUGGAUAAAAUAUGAGCAAUACUUAAAGCAAUUUACGAUAAAUAAACUUGUUACAAGAUUUAGAACAUUUGCAAUGUCGCGAUUUGCCAAAAGAAUCAUGUGGAAUUGUGCCACAGUGCGCCACACGGCGCUAUCUACUAGUACUAGGAAACAACUAAAAACUCUAGACGAAAAAGUUCUAUAUAACUAAUAUACGUACAGGCAUCAAGCAUAACAGUAAUCCUUGCUAUAAAUGUCUUAAAUAUGUAUGUAUACUUAGUGAUCACAAACGCGAAAGCUAAUUUUGUUAAUUCAUUCUCAAAGUAGUUAUUAUGGAUUAUUUAAAAUAGUUAUAGGUAU